AUGAACUCAAGAGCCGGUAAUCUACCAGAGGAGGGAUGUGUAGUGAUGAUUGUGGCUUCGUACAAUGGUCUACCAUCCGACAACACAGCCGAAAUGGUUGCAUGGUUAAGGGUAAAGGCCGCCAGCCCUGGCAGUCUGAGCCAUGUCAAGUACGCAGUGUUUGGCUGCGGCCAUAGAGACUGGCACGACACCUACCAAAGAGUACCGCGCCUUGUUGAGGAGCUCCUGGAAAGGUCCGGCGCUGUGAAAGUAGCCCCCAUGGGAGUUGCAGAUGCGGCAACCGGCGACAUGUACUCCGACCUUGAACAAUGGAGUCUGAAGCACCUGUUUCCUGCUCUUUACGCCACACAUGGCAUGGCUGCUCCCGAUGCCCCGCUCAAGCAGACUCUACUGCCGACUUCUGGACCAAUCUCUGUCGUUCAGAGUCUACCAUUGAGGGUCACGAGUCUCACGAAUAGGGGAUUUCAGCCGGUGAAAGUCACUGAGUCCUACCAGCUAUCGGCGGACCUGAACAAAAUCCCAGCCAAGCGACAUGUUGAACUGAGGAUGCCGCCGGGCUUCAGUUACGGCCCUGGCGAUCACUUGCACAUCCUACCACAAAACGAUCCAACGGUGGUUCAAAAGGUGCUGUGGUAUUUCGAUUUGGCAGGUGACUCGCGCAUUGCAAUGCAUUCGGUCAAUUCUCUCGACGUGUCCGACAACAUGGAGCUGACCGCAGCUGAGCUAUUCGGACAUUGGGUUGAGCUGAAACGGCCCAUCACGAAGCAAGCCGCCCAAACGCUCAUCGAGUCUCUCAUCGAAAGCGACACAAGCACCAGAAGCCGAAUGAAAGACUCGAUUCGGCAUAUGAUCGAUGGCGAUGGACCAAAGACAGUCGUGGAGAUACUGGAGGUUCCCGACCUCAAGCUGUCUUUAUCCUCAUUCCUUAGCAUCUUGACGCCCAUUCGACCGCGGACAUAUUCCCUUUCUUCAUCUCCCUCCUCGAAGCCCCAUCAUGGCACAUUAACGAUAUCUGUCGUGCCUAACGGCACCGCUUCGGAGUACUUGGCCAGCACGACGGUUGGACAGAUUCUCUUCGCCCGGGUUCAAGCCAAUCCCAGGUUUUUCCAUCAACUCAGCGAACGGCCGCAAUCUGGGUUGAUCAUGGUUUGUGUUGGUUCUGGCAUCGCGCCGUUCAGAGGCUUAAUAAAAGAGGCACUCUUCCGCAAAACGUCGAGCGCUGCCGAGAAACCAAAGUGGACUCUCUUCUACGGAUGCAGGGGCAGCCAACUGGACGAGUUGUAUGCUGAUGACCUUCGAGCCGCUGAGGAAGCGGGAGUCAUUGUGGUACACCGAGCCUACAGUCGAGAGUCGGGCGACAUGAACAUUCCAAGAUACGUUACCGGGUCGUUGAAAGAACACAUCUCGGAGGUGAUGGACUGUUGGAAGGCUGGAGGUCUCAUACGCGUAUGUGCUGGAAAGAGUAUUGCUGAUGAUGUAUGGAACUUGCUCGGACCGUCUCUGCUAGAGACCAUGGCGAAUGGGAACCAAAAAGACCAACCGUUCGACUGGCGACAGAAGUUGGCAGAGGAGGAGAGGUAUGUCGAGGAAGUAUUCAACUAG